UAUUUGUCAGUUUCUCGAUGCGCUAACUUUUGUCUGGCUUGUUUCAGUCUGUUUUUCUCACGGAUAAUUUAAGAUCCACUCCCUUUAAUCCAUUUUCGGCGUAUCUUUUUCAUCAAACAUGGUACAUCCACGAUAAAAUUAGACGGUGCCAAACAUGAGAACACAAGCUCUGUCAGCCUUCUGGGUAUUAUUAAUAAAUGACAUUAAUAUGGAAGAUUGGUAAAGCAGAAGAACGGUUUUUGAUACAGGAGAUUUGACAACAAUGGGGGAUUCUUCUGUGGGUAGUUGGUCCGUCUCAUAUAGAGGAAUGUCAAAAGAUAAUAUAAAGGGUUUGGUUUUGGCUCUGUCUUCGAGUUUUUUUAUUGGUGCUAGUUUCAUUGUGAAGAAGAAAGGCUUGAAGAAAGCUGCGGCUGCUGGUGUCCGGGCAGGUGUUGGAGGUUAUUCUUACCUAUAUGAACCAUUAUGGUGGGUUGGCAUGAUAACUAUGAUUGUUGGGGAAAUUGCUAAUUUUGCUGCUUAUGCAUUUGCACCAGCUAUUCUGGUCACUCCACUCGGUGCGCUCAGUAUCAUUAUCAGUGCUGUUUUAGCACAUAUUAUUUUAGGGGAGAUGCUACACAUUUUUGGGAUUCUUGGUUGUAUUCUGUGUGUUGUUGGUUCAACAACAAUUGUUCUGCAUGCUCCUCAAGAGCAAGAGAUAGAGUCUGUCAAGGAGGUUUGGGAUCUUGCAACAGAGCCAGCUUUUCUUUGGUAUGCAGCUCUAGUCAUGGCUGCGGUUUUUAUACUAAUUGUCCAUUUCGUACCAGAGUAUGGUCAGACUCAUGUCAUGGUCUAUAUUGGGAUUUGUUCCCUUGUGGGCUCACUAUCGGUCAUGAGUGUCAAAGCCCUAGGAAUUGCAUUAAAGCUAACAUUUUCAGGAAUGAAUCAAUUACUGUAUCCCCAAACAUGGGCAUUUGCGUUGGUUGUGCUUGCAUCUGUAAUCACUCAAAUGAAUUACCUAAACAAGGCUCUUGAUACAUUCAACACAGCAGUGGUAUCUCCUAUAUACUAUGUGAUGUUUACAUCACUGACCAUUUUUGCUAGUGUAAUCAUGUUUAAGGAUUGGGAUCGACAAAACCCCACCCAAAUUGUCACUGAAAUGUGUGGGUUUGUGACGAUUCUUUCUGGGACUUUUCUUCUUCACAAAACAAAGGACAUGGUUGAUGGUUCAUCAGCAACUCUACCAAUUCGCUUACCUAGGCGCUCGGGAGAGGAUAAUUUUGAGUCUGAAGGUAUUCCUCUGAGGCGUGUAGACAACAUUCGGCCAUCAUAAUUGUACUUAUCGGUUCAUAUCCCCAACGACGGGCAUGUGCUAAGCAGAGAAUUGCUGCUGUCAACCUGUAUAUUCUCAGCAUUUUGUGCAGACCCUGUGCAUUUUUUAUAUAGAAUGAUGAUGAGCAGAGAUGGCAGGAGUUCUCGCCUUCCAAUCAAAUGAAAACAACACUUCCAGCUACUAAUGUGCACACAUUUCUAUUCCUCCUUUUUCUCCACAUGAGGGAUUUCUGCGAUAUUAUAAUUGUGAGCUGUGUUAUACAGUGUAAUUUAGCGUAAAAGUUUAGAAAGAAAAGAAGAUAUGCUUAGGUGCUGAGGGUAUGGAACUGAGAUUUUGGGUAGAAUUCUGGGUUUGACAUUCUUCUAGAAUUAUAAUUCGUCAGUUUUAUCUGCUGUUGCAAAUCUUGUCAUUCUUGUAGUGAUGUUGAUUGAAGUUUUUUCUUGGGUUAUCAGCAUGUUCAACCAUUCAAGCUGGGAUUCUUGAUU